AAACAGCCACUGUUGACAAUGGCGAUAUGGGAUCUGAUUCAUUCAGCGAGGAAAAGAUAACUUUUGUAGACGAUUGCAAGCGUUAAUCUUCGAUUUUCUUAUUUCUCACGAUGACUCCUGUUCACGGAGCGGACGGCACGGCAACUUCGUCGAGAGCUUCGUCGACUGUUACGAUGAACCAGAAGGAAAGAAUAAAUGGCUGGUCUUGCCCAUGGCAUCCUCUUCAAUUUGUCGCAUGGUUUUUCAUUUUCUUUUUCUCCGUUUGUUAUUUUGGUGUCUUCGUGUAUUACCUCCCUGAAGAAUGGAGGGCAGCUGGAUUUAUUAUUCCAGGUGGUUUUUGUGUUGUACAUAUCAUUUAUCAUUUGAUGGCACUGACAUUAGACCCGGCUGAUCCUAACAUCAGAGGUGAUACACAGAAAAGCAAAGCAAUAUUUGAUAGGAGCCAGCAUCAACAUGUCAUUGAGAAUUGCCACUGUUACAUCUGCCAAGCUGAUGUUGGACCCAAAAGCAAACAUUGCUCUGUAUGCAACAAAUGUGUAUCAGAUUUUGACCAUCAUUGCAAAUGGCUGAAUAACUGUGUAGGAGGACAGAACUAUAGAUUGUUCAUUGGCUGUGUUUCCAGUGCUUUUGUAUUGGCAAUAACAGUUUUCACAACUACAUUUUAUGUCUUUGUAAUGUACUUUGUAGACAAAGAGGGUAUAAAGUCCUUAACAGGAGGACAAUUCAAAAUAUUUGUUGAAGUCUCCUCUGAUGAAGCCUUUGUCACAUUCCUUGGUGUUAUAUUGAGUCUGCUGUUGCUUACCAUAGCUCUUCUUGGACACCUGCUAGGAUUUCAUAUUUAUUUAAUGUAUCAUAAAAUAUCCACAUACGAGUUUAUAGUUAAUUCAAGAGAUAGCCAAGCUGAUGUCACUGAUGUUGAAGCAGGGGGGAAGUCUCCAUCAAGAAGAAAAUUAUUUAAGAAUAAAGUGAAACCAGAAGAAGACAGGAGAGAGAAUGCAGAACCUGCAAGGAUUGAAAUAAGUGAUCAUGGUAGGUCUGAAGGAUCAGACGAUUCGCUUCGCGUUGAGACAACCGUCAAGUUCAUAAGUGAAGUUAGUUCUAAGGCCGCUGCUAAAAAUCACAGAUCCAGUAUUGAGCAUAAAGAAUCACAAGGCCAGGAAUUAGUGUCUAAACAACCUUCAGUAAUUAAAGAUUAUUCACCAUUGGGCAUGAUGGAACCCUCAGGUUCGGAGGAAUCCGUAAAGGAAAUCACACCCACCCCCCCACGGGUUGCAAUUCAUCAACCGGCUGUCGGAAACAAAGCCUCAAAACUACAGCGACCUGCAGAAAUUGUUCUCGACCAAUACGGUGCUGACACAGCAUCAGCCCUACCGGGGCCCAGUAGGGUUACUUUUGCCGAUGAUGAGGAAGGAGAGGAACUGGUGCCUAGUCCCAGGAAGAAGAAAAAACGGAAAGUUCGUGAAGGAAUUAAUUCACAGACAGGAAAUAACGAGGAAUGCGAACUUGUUGAAAUUGUUACGAAAGAAAUAAAACCGGGAAAUGUAUCGAAUGGACAAGAUACUGUAGAUGCUCCAAUUCUGAAGAAGAAGAAAAAGAAAAAGACAAAAAACGCCUCACCAGAAAGCUUACCGCCUGUUGUAACCCGCCGACCACUUCCGCAGUUACAAUUGGAAGGUUAACCCUCUUAGGAAAAUUUUAAACUAAGCUCUCUAGUCACACGAAUAUUUUAAAAUCGAUUGUGAUCGUUGAUUGUAAAUAGCCAAAAAGCGAAAUUUUACAAAUGAAAUGAUAUUUCAUUCGAAAUUUUCACUUUGCAACCCAGAAGUAUUUAUUAUGUAAAUUAUUUGUCUGUCUGUAUAUUAAUUUCGUAAAUUGAAAGAAUUUUUCUCGGAGAGACCAGAGAACUCUUAUAUUUUUAGCCAAGCUUCACUCAAAUUCCUAAACGUAAAGCUAGAAGGUGGAAGUAAGAGUUCCUUUUAAAUUCGACUCCAGUUUUAGAAAGCAAUGGUUAAUUUUGCUUUGAAAUUCAUCCGAGCCAAAAAUAAUCUUGAUACAAACAAAAUUGUCAACAAUAUCAUUGCCCUUUAGUAACUCACUAGAAUUGCUUUUUUUUUUCUUUUCCCCUUUUAAGAUAUCGAAAUGGUAUUUACUCUGUAAGACGUUACUAUUGUGUUUCUACAAAAAAUGGCGUGUUAUUUAUUAGUGACGUUUUCUACUGAACUUUCUCGAUAAGCUUUCUGCACACACUCUUAGUUCAUUUCCGAAACACAAAAUAUUAUUUAUUGCCUUAACAUCACAACCACUAUUUAACUAAAUGAGCCCAGCUUCUCUGUUUUGAAAAAUGGUUCUAGAAACUCAAUUUUAUUUUAAAAAUUAAAGUAUCGAUUAAACAAAAAUAAAG